GCGUAGUUAUUGUGAAAGGCAUAAUUAAUGCUAGUCACAGUGCUCACGUCGUAUGAAAAGAAUGUCUAAUAUUAAGUUUCGUGAUUGCAUGCGAUCUUUUUGAAUAAGGAAAAUCGGAUCGUUUGUUACGUGCCACAGACCACAAAAUCGGAACGAGAUAAAGUAAAUGUAAUAAACAAGAUAAAGUCUUAAAUAGAGCAGAAAUGGAGAGAUUAGAUGAACCUGUUCAACUAUUAGAGGGAAUAACCAUGAGUGAUUUCCUGAAAUCACCUGUAGAAUUUAGCUUGAAUGUUGAUCACAAGAAGUUGAAAAAUGUGGAGGAUGAUGACGAUUUUGAUGAUAUUUUUGAAAGUGAGAGUUCCAGUGACUCAGAAGACAUUAUGCAGGUAUUAGAAAAAUCAACAACAAGAAUGUUUCUGUCAUGCCCAGAAUACCAUUCAUUUAAGGAUCUAGCUACAAAGAUGAUAGAUUGCAUACCAUCUGGAAAUGUUAAAAUGUUUAUAUUGGAAGAAGGUGAUGGACCAUUAGUGCCUUUAGAUGCAGAAGUGUCAAUCCAUUAUGCUGCAUAUUGGGAGAAAGCAAAGAUACCAUUUGACUCAACUAUUACUAUGAAUCGUGGGGAACCAAAGGUAGUACGACUAUCGAGAGAUGGCAUAAUACCCGGCUUGGAGAUUGGCUUGACAGCUGUGAAAGGGCCAACAGCCCGUUUUCUACUAUUGAUACAACCAGCUUUAGCAUGGGGUCCUCAAGGGAUUUUACCACGAAUAAAGCCUGAACCGGCACUUUUUGUCGUAAACUUACUUUCUGUCAAUGAUAUACAGGCUCCGAUACGUUUCAACGAUUUACCAUUAGAGGAACAAAGAAAAUAUGAAGUCACUAUACGAACAGUUACAUCUCUUCACACCCAAGCAAAAAACAUUUAUGCUAAGAAAAAAUAUAAUAAGUGUAUAAAACAUUAUCAACAAUCCAUCUGUGUACUAAAUUUAUCUGUGGUCAAGAACAGCGAAGAAGAAGCCGAAAUACGUAGACUAAAGGUCAAUACAUUCAUUAAUUUAGCCGUCUGUUAUUAUAAAACCAAUAAACCAAAAAAUAUUAUAAAAGUGUGUGAAAGCAUAGACUAUAUUUCAGAUGUAGAUAAGCAUUGCAAAGCGUUAUUUUAUUUUGGGAGAGCAUAUGAGAUGUUAGGUAAUAUGGAUAACGCGUUAAAGUACUACAAAAAAGCUUUAAAAUUAGAACCUAAAAACCGGGAGAUUGGAAAAGCGCUGCUUAAUAUAGAUAAUUACAAUAAAAACUCUGCAGUUAAUGAGAAGGCGUUCUGUCAAAAUGUAUUCAAGGUCGCGCCUGCAAAAAAAGUUUAUGACGUUGACAUUGACUUCCAGAAUACAGUGCGUGACAUGUGUCAAAAUUUAGCGGGAACGGAGAGAUUUACCAAAUUCGAAUUGCCGAAUAAUUUUAGAAGUGCAGAAUUAGAAUUUAUGAAGGAUCUGUGUGCGGAAUUCAAAGAUAUGUUUGUACAAGUGGAUGGGGAGGGAAAGAAAAAAAAAAUCUAUGUUAUAAAGAAGGGAUGUGCGUAAAUUCCAUAAAUAAUAUUGUCAAAUCUGCUAACAGGGUUCCUAAAUGUAAAUUUUACUUUGGUUAUUAGAAAAAUAUAAAGAUAGGUAACUAAUUAGUUAACUGUUUUUUUACUUGAGAAAUAAUAUUUUUUAGGAAUGCCAUUUCAUAAAAAAACUUGUUUUGGAAAAGAGUUAAGCCAAGUGUUGAAGAGGGAGAAUAAACAUUCAUUGGCUCUGUGUCCGUGAAUUGUUGGUAAAAGAAAUUGAACAAAGUGGUACAAUAUAUGUGGCCUCGUGUGUGCCCCAAGUAUCACAUUUGGGUCUUUAUUUCUGUGCUUUUGAUUUACGAUAAUCCAGCUUAUUUAAAAAAAUAUUGUCUCUUGUGCUGGUGAUCAAAAACUUAUUAGAACAUUUGGAUAAAUCAAACUAUUGUCAUUAGUCUCCAGUAAGAUCUGUAAGACUCAUGUCUACAUAAUUUAAUAAAACAAAAUGUCAGUAAA